AUGCCACCGCCAGUUGAUGCAGUUCCAGGUUGGAGCGCCGCGGACGGGGGCGCAACCGAGGAUGCCGGUGAUGGCGUCGCCCGCACCAGUGUCAGUGCCACAGGCUGCCCGCCCAGUCCGUGCCUCAGUGAUCUUCAGUGCUCAAGCGGUCCAAGGGAGUCCCAAACGCGUGAAGUCCGGUGCCAGCCUUCUCGGGCGGUGGCGCAAAUCUCGUUGAGGUCAUCCUUCCACGAGCCUCCACUGUGCAGUCGCCAGCUGCCACGGCUGCCGCCCCCGGGCUCAGCAAAGGCUCAGCGUGCUCUCCAAAAUGCAACGGGAUGCAACAUUUGCUCAGCUUGCCAAAUCUACACGCCGCUGGUGCGGACGGUCACGGCGCCUGGGACCGGCCCGGAGAUCAGCGCGGCAGAGCGAAGGGCCCGAACGGCUUACGUCCCUCUGCAGGCGUGGAAUUUCCGGGCGGCCAAACCGAAGACACCGCAAAGCGUGACCCAGACCGCGGCAGCCGACACAACUCGGCGGCUGAGCGAGCCGGCGCUCACAGCGAACGAGGAGCUCGUGGAGCACACCGACGCCCUUCCUGGACGACAGGAGCGCCAUGAAAUCCUGGAUCGCCAGGGCAAAUACCGAGCAAACAGACGGGAAGUGCUCGACGUGAAUGAGCUUGCCCUCAUCCAGCGUCGGGUCCCGAAGCCUUGGGAGCUGCAGCAUCCCUUCGCAAAAGAAAUCGAGGAGGACAAGGCUCUUACGUCCGUGGCAAAUGAGAACGGAUCUGGGGGGCAAGGUGGCUUCAAGCAGGUGCAAGAUCAGUUCAUGAGGACCCAUGGGCAGCAGAUCAAGGAGCGGCUCUCCGAGGUUUUCCAUGGGCCGAUCACCAUCAACCGUGCCGAGGUGGGCCGCCCAGCUCAGCAACGAUUUCUGGAUGCAAUGUCCGAGGGCUAUCAACUUCGCCCAACGUUCCACGGCUCGAAUGCUUCGAACUAUAGCUCGAUCUGCUCGCGUGGGUUGCUGAUUCCCGGCCGGGGCAACGAGCUCAAAGUGGUCAACGGCUCCGUGCAUGGCAAGGGGAUUUAUACCGCGACCCUCGAGAAUCCCAGGCUCUCGGCAGGCUUCUGCAGUGAUCCCAAGAUGCUCGUCUGUGGUGUCCUAGACGAUUCCCGAGCCGUUGCACAAAACAGGAAUCUGGUCGGAUAUGCCGGAUAUGCAGUCAAAGCUGAGUCACAUGCCAUCAAGCACGUGGGGGACGCCGUCGUCGUCUUCGAUGAGCGGCGCGUCGUUCCGUUGUUGCAGGCCUCGGCCGCUGGCUUUCAGCACCGGCGAUAUACAGCUGCACCUCCAGCUGCUGCAGGCACAGCUGCAGUCCAAGUCUUGGGCAACUGGGCGCCAAAGAAAGCGGCGGCAAGCUACAAUCCCAAUCAGGUGCAGUGCAACACGGGUACGAUCGCGAAAGGAACGCACCAGGUCUACCAUGUGCGCACGGAAGAAGCAGUCGAGAGCACUUCAGAGAAGAUUGCACGCGGCACCACAGAGGACACGCGACGAGGAGGUACACAGGUUGGUGACAACAGAAAGUGCACCCAAGACUGCCCGAGACCCCCAUUUUGCAAGGGAGAUCCCAGAUCCAUGGCUGGCCGUGCCGCUGCCGAGCGUGCGCAGAGCCUGUCGCUGGGCAGGGUGUUGCUCGCCAUCCCCUCCAAGAAACUUGACCAGCACCUGACCAAUGCCGAUUUUUCCCUAGAGGCUGAGACGAUGUCUUCGGUGGAGCACCUUUCCCUAAGAGUCACCGGUGUCCCGUGCUUUCUCCUACGCUCUUUGGCUCUUUGGCAUGUCCUUCUCGUCUCCUUGACUCUCGUGGUCCAGUGGGUCGCCUUCGACGGGUCCGGGCGGGAGGUUUUCGGGAGCAUUGCCAUACUGACGACCCGCAUCGCCGUGCCGUUGUCCGGCGUCCGCGCGGGAUCAGUGCAGGAAGACCCUCCGCGAGAUGAAGUCGCAGAAGGCCAGCCGGGUCACGACACGUUGCUGGGACUUGGGAAAGUGAUGUCGGCCAGCAUGAAACUAGGCAGGCCAGAGAUGCUGAAGGAGAAGGCCGGCAGUGGCGGACCUGCAGGAGCUGCGGCCGUCACCGCUUUCUUGCAGGGCGAAGCGCAAAAGGCUUUCACCCGGAAGCUGGAAGAGAUCGAGUCCACUGGGCCAGGACUGACAGCGAUGGUCACACGGCAAGUGCUGCUAAUGCAGCUGGACCAGUUCUGGCAGCAGCACCUGAAGAACAUGGAUUUUAUGAAGACCGGCGUCACUUUGCGAGCCUACGGUCAGAAAAACCCGCUGACCGAGUACAAGCUCGAGGGCUACCAGGUCUUCCUGAAGAUGAUGUCGAAGAUCAGGCGCAACGCUUUGUACAACAUCUUCCUGUUCCAGCCGCGGAAGCUGACGCCCAUGACUCGCGAUCGCGUCAAGUCGAUGAUCCCGAAUCGCGAGACGCGCCGGAAGCAGAUGGAAGAACUGAAGAAGUCAGAGGCGUAUCAGCUGGAGAAAGAAGCUCGAGGCGUUGUCCAGGAGAAGGGUUCUGCAGCGCGCAGCAUGAAUCUGGCCAGGCUUUCACUCAACAUCCGCCAAGUCUUAGAAGCCCGAGAAGGCCUCGGCGAGCUUGCCUUGGCCUCUUUCUCUGAGCUGAAGGAGACCUUCGCACGGUCGGGCCUCCUCACGCUCGGAGAUCAGCUCGUCUGGGCCCAGGCCUGCAGCGAGUUUGAAUUGCUGGAGGACGAGGUUGAAGGAGAGAUUUACAUUGGCCUCGUGGGUCUGGGACCCGGGCAGAGCUGGGAACGGGAUUCGCGCAAUGAGAUGGUUCCUCAGCUCGGGUUACGUUUCUGCGCGAAAGGUUGGGACAGCGCGAUCCUGUGCAACAUACACAUUGUCUGCAUCCCCCGAACCACGGCGCUUCUCUCGAAGGCUUUGCAAAGCUCCUCUCUGCUCUGA